AUGAAUCCUCUUUUGUACAGACCACCCCCAAAUCCUCACUUCCCUAUAAUGCCGUAUUUAGCCGGGCCUUUACCGCAGAGGCGUGAUAUUCAGGAAGAGGAAGAUUUGGCAAGCGUGGCGUUACAAGUGCAAAAAAAGCGUUUUUAUGUAGAUGUAAAGAGAAAUAGAAGGGGUAUCUUCAUGAAAAUUGCUGAAGUUGGUUCUGACGGUCGGAAAGCUAGAAUUCUGUUAACAUUACAGGCUGCAGUUGAAAUCAAAGAUAAGCUGAAAGAUCUUAUCGAUGUUCUUAAGGAGAUAAGGACAAGUGAGGAAGAAAGCUCCGGGGCACAAAACUCAGAUGAAAGCAAAACUCCAGACGCACAGGCUACAAACAGUCUAAUUAAAUCUCACAUAGUUAAUUAUCCUUACCGGCGUUAUUUCCUCGAUCUUAAACGUAACAAAAGAGGACAUUUCCUUAGGUUGACGAUGCUGUCCACCUUGAACAGAAUACAACUAGCUAUUCCGUCCCAAGGUAUGACGGAUCUAUACAAUGCUAUCAGUGAUAUGUUGGACAAAUGGUGGGACGGUUCAGAAGCUAAUGAAAACAAAUCUAUCAACUUACCAGAGUCCAAGUCCCUAAGGUUUGACAAUCGAACUUUAUACUUCGACUCUUCUUUCAACCGUUUUGGAGCAUAUCUGCGUAUUUCGGAAGUCCGGACUGCGUCGAGGACUGCUAUAACUAUUCCAGGCCGUUCGCUCACUCGCUUCAGGGAUAUCAUCAAUGGAUUAACUGAAGACUUAUCCAAUGUUAAGAUCAACAAAAAUUCUGAUGAGCAAACACCGAGUAGUGAAAACCCUGAUACUCCUGAUAAUACUGAGUCAAGUGAACCCCUUGUAAAUGGUGAAGCUUCAUAG